AUGCCAGAUCCAUGUUGCUAUGACAACAGACCCCAACAACUGUUUCCAUGGCGACACAUUGACGGCGCACAGUUCCAGGCUCGAGACAGAAGUGGACUUGAAACAAGUGAAACUGUUUCCGCCUCUCCGUGUCACGACACGAUGCCUCCCAAAAGCAAAGGGUCGGCUAAAAAGCCCGCAAAGCCCCGGACGCCCACUCUGAUCGAUGGCCUCACCAAGGAGGAGCUGUCCAAGGAGCAGAUGGAAGAGCACAUUAUGGGCCUUCGAGAGGAGCUGGAUCGAGAGAGGGAGGAGCGGAACUACUUUCAGCUGGAGAGGGACACCAUUCAAAACUUUUUGGAGAACACAAAGAGAGAGCUGCAGGAGAUAAAGGCUGAAAUGAACAACCUAGAGAAGGACACUGAAGAGGAUGAGAGGUGCCACCAAGUAGAGAUCAAGGUGUUUAACCAGAAGAUGAAGCACCUCCUUUGUGAACACCAGAACACGAUCUCUGAGUUGAGAGCAAAUGCUUUAGUCUCGACUGAAAUGCGGCAGAAGGAGCAAGACACAUUAGAGUUUGAGCUUCUUAAGAGAAUGAAGGCCAUCAAGGUCGAGAUGGAGGAGAUUAACGAUGAAAACCUUGUCAAGGAGCUUGAACUGAAACAUGCCGAAGAAAUGACUGAAGUUAAGGACAAAUUGGAGAAGCAACUCAGAGAAACUGAAACUGUGUAUGAGGGAAAGACGACGUUUCUGCUACAAGAGCUGGGCAACAUGAGGAGAAGUGGGAUCAGUGAGAAAGAACAUCAGUGGAACAGCCACAUCGAUGUUCUCGUAUCCGACCACAACAAAGCUCUCAGGGAAGCUAGUGAGCUGGUUAAAGACUUACAACAGGCUCUGGAGGGGAGUGAUUCAUUCAAGAAAGAAAUGAAGACGAAACAGAAGCAGGAGGAAAAGGACCUGAUCCUUGUUUUGCGGGAUAACAAACGUCUUGCUGAGCAUCUCUCGAAAGCUGAAGAGGAAAUCGCUGAAAAGAAGAAAAAAAUGAAGCACAGCUCAAUGAAAAAGGACACCAAAGAAAAGAUCAUAGAAAAGAAGAUGAAUAAUCUGAAACAGGAUUACGAGACGCUGCAAGAGACAUUCGACAAGCUUCAGCUUGAGAGGGACGAGCUGUACAAGACGCACUCUCAGUCUAUUCAGAAGGCGCAGCAUAAAGCCGAUCUGAAGAACAUGCAGCUGGAGACGAAGCUGAAAGCUCUCACAGACAGUCUGGAGAAGACAAACGCUCAGCUCCACUCUGUGCUCACUUCCUCUAACAUGGACCAAACAGGCCUUCGUGAGCUCAUAAACAACAUUCAGGAAAACCUUGACUCCGACAAUAAUACCAUCAAGACCUUACAGUAUAAGAAACAUCAGAUUUCCAAGGCGCGUGAGGAUUUGCUGCUCUACUACAAGGCCAAGCUAAGGGCUCUUGGUGUCCCAGUGGAGGAGCUUCGUGCUGAGCCCUUUGAGAGCAGUCGUGCUGGAAAAAUUCCAGGACGGGUCUUAGAUCUUGGCUUUGCCCAAAAGUGA